AUGCACUACAUCCGCCUCCUGCGACCGCCCAAUGUCGUGAGAGCAUCGCCGGGUCAACCUGCGUCUUUGGCGCUCGUGCUGACCAUCACAACUGAUCUCGGCGAGUCAUUUCUCUGUCCCGACGCGCCCAUUGACAUAAGCGUCGAAUUGCUCGUCGACAUCGUGGAGACUGUCCAAGAGGAGCCAGAGGAACCAGAUGCAGAGGACAAGAACGGGAAGGGCGCGGACGCGGGCGAGGACGAGGACGAGGACGAGGAUGGCGAGGUACCGCCAAAAAGGACCGUGACAACUCGCAUCUUUGAGCUACCCAUCGCGGCACCCGCCGUGGCCUCUGGCGGCAAAGGCAACAAAGCCGGCAAGCAGGCCAAACCGUCCAAGACGGCGAGCAACGACAGCAGUCUGUCCUGGAGGGCGGGCAAGCGCGUACUGAAGCUCGAGGCAAAGCUGCCCAGGGCGGCAGAAGCCUGUCUCUGGGAUUCAAACGCGGCAAAACGGCGCAUUUGUAUCCGCCCCGCCGACCCAUCGCUAUCCGCCGUGCAUUCACGACAGCUGGUUGGCACGCAGAGACAGAGCGGCGAGGGGCUCAUCUUGCCGCUCUGGGUGGAUGUUCCGGCUGCAUCGGAUGAGCCAUUUGACCAUGUGGCUCUGCGCCGGUUGACGUUCUCUUCAAAGGACAAAGUUUCGGAAAUUGGUGGCUGUGUCGAGGUCGAGGAAGAAAUCGGCGAGAGCAUUGCCCGGCAUAUGUGGGAUGCAGGGCUAGUCGCCGUUGCCUUUCUCGCCGACACAUGUUUGGGGUACAUGCCGAGCCGGAAACGGCCAUGUGAAGACGACAAAGAGAUGGCCGAUACAAAGAUUGUGUCGCUGCCAGAUGCCUUACGAAACACGCUGCUCCGCCAAAACAAAAGCAGGGGACUACGGGUAGUUGAACUCGGCAGUGGUGUUGGCGUCCUCGGGAUUGGGCUGGCAGCUAUUGUACACGAAGCCGGCCAACAUGAGACAGCGUCAGAGACCGAUACCACGCGGAACACAAUUCUCCUCACAGACCUGCCCGAGGCCGAGGAGAGGGCACGAGCCAAUAUGGCCCGAUCGGCACAGUUGUCUCUCGACUACGAGAGCCUCGACUGGGAGGACGGUCGCCAAGGCCAAUUUGGUCCUGCCGCGAAGGACGCAGCCUGGGACAUGAUUGUGCUAAGCGACUGCACAUACAACGUUGACAUGCUUCCUGCCUUGGUUGAGACGCUCUCAGCGUUGGCAGACAUGCCUUCCGCAAACCGAAAGAAGCCCGGCGUUUUACUGGCCCGUAAACCGCGACAUGCAUCCGAAGAGGCCCUUUUUACGCUGAUGACGGAGCACGGCUGGGCCGUGCACGCCAGCAGCACCAUCCCGUUGCCAGUGCUCGGCAAUGACGCCGAGGUCGUGGAGGUGUAUCUCUAUGAAAAGGCAUAG